AUGAGGGGAAGGAGCAAAAGCCCUAGAGGAAACCGAUAUACCACUCUUUUAGUUCGCAAUCUAAGCCAUGAUUGCAGGGAAAAAGAUCUGAGGAGUUCAUUUGAACAGUUCGGUCCUCUCAAGGACGUUUACUUGCCAAGGGAUUAUAACACGGGAGAUCCACGAGGGUUUGGCUUUAUUGAAUUUGAGGAUCGUGAUGAUGCUGCUGAGGCAAAAGAUCAAAUGGAUGGUAAUCUUCUUCUUGGCCGUGAGUUGUCUGUUAUGUUUGGAGAAGCUAACAGGAAGAAACCGACUGAAAUGAGAGCAAGGCAGCGUAGUGAUGGAAGAUUUCGGGAUAGAAGGCGUAGUUCCCCUCGUUACUACCCUCGCUCGCCGCCUAGGUCUUCUCGUUCUCCUCCUCCCUACAGAAGACGUCACUCAAGAUCUAUCUCUCCCAGAAAAGAAGGAUAUGAUAAGAGGAGGAGGUUCUACUCACGCUCACCCGCCAACAAUGGCUCAAGGGGUCGCAGUGCAAGUCCAGUCACAAGAAAAAGCCGCAGAAGAAGCAUUAACCGUAGCCCGAGCAGAAGAAGUAUUAGCCAGAGUCCGAGAAGAAACAGGAGUCCGAGCCCUAGGAGGAUAAGGAGCAACACACCUCUACCAGCGAGCAGAAACAGGAGUAGGAGCCCUAGGAGAAGGAGCAACACACCUCUACCAGCGAGAAGAAACAGGAGUCCGAGCCCUAGGAGGAGAAGGAGCAACACACCUGUACCACCAGCGAGCAGCAGAAGGAGUCGGAGACCUAGGAGAAGGAGCAACACACUUGUACCCCCAGCGAGCAGCAGAAGGAGUCGGAGCCCUAGGAGAAGGAGCAACACACCUCUACCAGCGAGCAGAAAUAGGAGUAGGAGCCCUAGGAGAAGGAGCGACACACCUCUACCAGCGAGAAGAAACAGGAGUCCUAGCCCUAAGAGGAGAAGGAGCAACACACAUGUACCACCAGCGAGCAGCAGAAGGAGUCAGAACCCUAGGAGAAGGAGCAACACACCUGUACCCCUAGAGAGCAGCAGAAGGAGUCAGAGCCCUAGGAGAAGGAGCAACACACCUCUACCAGCGAGAAGCCGCAGCCCACGUGGGGAUUCACCAAGCCAGUGA